GCCAUUCAGCACGGUACCCGCGCGAUAUGAACUAUAGUGAUGUCAACAAUCACAUUGUUAUCGAUAUUCUGUUCAAUCGGCUUCAUCACAGCGGCGUAUCUGGAAAACGAAUCAUUCAUGAAGCCCAAACUGGAAAAGAAUAAAAUCGUAAACAAAGGUGUGUGGAUAAGAAAGGCUGGGGAGGAUCACCCCUCUAAAGGGGGAAUAGGUGACUUCAUAUUCAGGGAGAGCUCCCUUGACGCCGAUAGUUUACUACGUAACAACUUUGAUCCUUUCGGAGAGAAUUUUAUGCCUGACUCUGUGAUGGUACCCAACUAUAUUGAAAGGACAAAAAGAUCAGCAAAGGGUAAAACUCUUGUUAUAUAUAAACUUUUAACAUACCCAUUGGGUCACACGACUUUCCUCAAAAGUAUUUAUUAUGGACAGAUAGGAAAAAACUCAAACAAUACAAAAAGCGACAAAGCAACAUUUACGAAAUCAAAAAUAACAUCGAAAUUCAAACCCGGUAAAGUAUUUAAAGAUUUUCCAUACGACGUCGCUAUAAUGCUAACAAAUAAUAAAAGAGAACUGAUAAAGUCCCAAGGAUCGUCUUCUAAGGAUAUUUACGAUACUAGAGAAUAUAAUUUUUCCAAAAUAAUUCCAGAUCUAGCGCUCAGUAUAGACAAUUUGGUUAAAACUGAAUCUCAAAUUACGAAAAAUCAAAACGAUACGAGCACUUACCAAAACACGACAAUUGUGAUUCCGAAACGCAGCAUGCAACAUGACUAUGAAUCAGAAAUUAUAAAGAAAAUUGAAUUCAGUGAAGAAAUGAAUAAAACGGAGGACAGCUUUGAAUCAAAUAAAAUGGAUCGUAACGUAUUCGAAGGUGAUGAUAGAGCGUGGCAUCAAACAGCACCAUUACCCGACGUCAAUGCUUAUAAGAUUUUACCAAAAACUGAAGAAACUAAGCCAGUGAAAAAUAAACCGAUGACUGAAAAAGGCUUAGUCAAAGUAUUAUCGAUGCUGACUAAAACAUUUAAGAAAGUAAUGAAACAACACAACGAUAUCAAAAGAAUACAUACAAAACUUACAUCUAUUAAUGACGAAUUUAUGAAAAACGCCCAACUUUUAAUGACAAAGUUUCAAGAUUUCGAUGUUAAAUAUUUGUAUUUAAUGAAAUUUAAUGAAAAUCUAAAAGAUUUAGAAGCAAGGUUACGUAGCAAAGAAGAUUUCUAUAAUAACAAAGAAAGCGAAUUAAUGAAGAACUUAGCGGAAUUUGAAAAUCAACAGAAGAAAUUCUUGAUCCAACAACAACAAUUUUAUAACAUUCAAAAGCUAAUGCUGGCUCAAAACGAAAAGAUAAAUUUAAAGCAAAACUUAAUAGCGAAAACCCAAAACGAAAUAUCACUGAGGCAGAACAAUUUCGCUCGAAUAUUGAAAAAAGCAAAACAAAUUUACAUCGACACUAAAAAUACUAUACCACAAAAAUUAAGCGCCAUGUUAACGAAGCCUAAUAAAGAUAACAGCGAAGUUAAAAAUACUGAAAUAGACAAACCUAUUGUAACCACUACAAGUACGCAAGCACCUAAUACUGAAUCAGUCAAAAUCAACUUAUUUUCAGUUCCAUCGGUCAGCCGCAUUGUAAAUUACGAUAACCAACUAUUAAAAGAAAAGGACGAUCAUCCUGUAGACGAUUUAAUUUACAAAUACUACUUCAACAACACGUAUAUCGAUGUAUUAAUGAAGAACAAAAUCCUUUCAAGUUUCGUACCCAGUCCAGGGAAUUCAUUCACACGAAAUGCGAAAAACAAGAGAAACGAACGCCCCAGAUUUGUACCUAAAAGCACUAACCUAAUACCUGUAAACGAAAUCAAACCUUACAAUCAAGUUAGCAAAUCUCCCAAUUUAAAUCGCGGUAAACGUUGGAUUAAAUACUCCAAAAAAACUGGUAAAAGAAAACAUAUCGGUAACGAUUUUAACGUUGUUUUGAAGAAAGAAGAUGUCCAAUUGACUAAUUUGAAUAAAACAAAUAUCAGUUACAAAGACAGACGGUUCCCGAAGAAGAUUAAAAACGUAGCUACGAAAGAUCCUUUUAUGACGAUGGCCUCUAGUUUCUGUAAUGAAAUUGGUCAAAACGAUAAUGAUCAAAUGUUACAUUGGUGUAUAGAAAAAGCGUUAAGAAGACUGCGAGCAAUUGAAAUGAAAGCAACUCAGGCUGUAGUUACGGCAGAACACAUGGACGCUACAAGUAAAGCUACGCCCACGAGGAAUAUACCAAAGAAUUCAGAGGCUGUUAUAAUGACUACGUUAUUUGGAGCAGAAACAACGUUUACGUCAACAUCUACGACCACGACGGAAGCCCCUACCAGUGAGUCCAGUACUACAGUCGCUCAGGAACCAACAGAUUCUGCCUUAUUCUUCCCAGAUAACGACCAACUAGAGACGAACCUCAAACAAUUCGAAUUCAAUCGAGAUACGGAAGGUACGGUGUACUAUGAUGGCAGUGUACACGCUAGUCAAUUUGAAGGUCCGGACAGUGAGGGUAUUUCGGACCUCUUGCCGGACAUGGACAGCGAUUCGAGGGUCGACAUUGACCCCGUGGCGCUCGACUUGCAGCAGAAAAGACGAGCCUAUGUUCGAAGAAUCAACGAAGACAUCAUAAGAAAAAUGAAACAAGGCUAGAUAAGAUUAUCUGUAAUGCUUAAUUUAUGUGAACAAU